AUGGACUUGCCAGAAAGCAAUAGUGUCCAUUGGAAAACUAAAUUCAUAGAUGGUCUUCCUUCUUUAUUUGCAGAAAGAAUUCGAAAGACUCUACGAGGAAACAAUACUGCUAUUCCAUAUGAUGUUUUUACUUAUGGCCAGUUAAUUGACACUUGCACCCAAGAAGGAUUAAAUUUGUGCAAUGAGCUAAAAUUAGCUCAGCAACUAAAGGCGAAAAGUAAAUCAGAAAAAUCCCAACUAGGAGAUUUCUGUACUCAAUUCGCUGUUGCAAGACCUUCUCAAAAAUCAGGUAAAAAAUUUAAAAAACAUCGUCGUUCUAGGGAAGAUAAGCCCUAUAAAUAUCGACGAAGCAAAGAAAAACGUGAAGAAAAGAAAGUUCACCGUAAAUCUAAUAGAUUUACAAAAAACCACUCUAAGAGAGAUCUUAGCAAAAUAAAAUGCUAUGAAUGUGGUCAAUACGGGCAUAUUGCUCCAAAUUGUAAAUUACAAAAACUUAAAAGCUUAAAUCUUGCUGAAGAUGUUCAUGAUAAAAUUUAUGGUUUAUUAUACACUUCGGGUUCAGAAUCUGACUAUUACUCUGAGACCGAAUUAAGUGCUGAAGGAUCAGAAAGUGAAAUUGCGCUUAUUGACUUUUCUGAUAAUGAGAAUGAAGCUUCUCCCAAAUGCGGCAUAAAUUGCACAAGUAAUAAUUGUUCCUGCAAAACAUAUGAGUUUUAUAAACUACAGUCUCAAUUUCAAGAUUUGAAUAUGCAUACUAUCACUUCUGAUAAUGUGAUUGAACUUCUAAAAGAAAUAUCAGAUGAAGAAACUAGGAGUAAAAUUAUUAAAUUAGCUUCAGCAACCAGCUCCCAACCUAAUAGCCAAUGUUAA